AUUUUGGAGUUUCAAUACUCAAUGAUAUGUUGGACAAGUUGAUAAUUGUAAGUGUGAACGAGCCUUCUUUACUUGCCGAUGCUGAAGACCUAGGGAUACACAUCAAGCUUGAUACAAAUACUAUCUUAGAGGUUGCUUUAUUGUGCUUCAGCACUCCAUGUUUUGCCAUGCACGCCCCCUCAUUCUUUUCAAUUGUUCCUCAAAUCAAGUGGAUCGAUCUCUUGGAAGAGAAAAUUUCAUCAAAUGGAACAUCUGGAACAUAUGAGCCAAUUGACACAAUGAAGACAGUCAAAGAAGAUGAUGAAAGUUGCACAUCAUUGCCACUAUUUGAGCACUUGUACCAAAAUGUCUUGCUUUAUGCUUGAUUAGUAUAAUUGAAUCUGUUAGCAUCAAUGUAUAGGUAGGUUUUUUUUGCAAUUGAUGCAAUCAUUUGCAUAGGUUGUUGGUAGGCGAAUUUCUAUUAGACUAGUGGACUUUUAAGUUUUUCUAGAUUCAUCAUAGGCAUAUUGGUCCAAGGAUGGGAUAUAAGUUCUACUGAUGACAUUAUUUUUGUUGCAUUUCAAGGUUAAUUGCAUAAAUACAAUUGUAUUCUUUUUGCCUUAUCAUCAUAGGAUAUCUAUGUUCUUGGCUUUCUUUUAUGCCUGACACUUCAUAUUAUCUUUGGUUUUGAUGAUUAUAUUGGUAGAGAUGUAUGGUUGUGAGAAACUAUGGUUGCAACUAUGAAAGAUAAUUUUUUGAUGUAUUUUUAGUAAUAUAGGUAUUUGCCUUUCUAGUAUCAGUUAUUGGAAAGAAAAAAAACCAGAAGCGUCUGCUUAAGCUGACGCUAUAUAAUUCAGAAACUAACGUAUAGCAUUGCAUAAUGAACAGACGCUACAGUUAGCAUCUGCCAAGCGGACUCUACAGCUGACAUUGUGUGGCACCAAUAUAUAUCAAUAGCGUCACCCAAAAACCGAAGCUACUAGCGUCUGCCUAUAUACAUGUCACUAGCUUCAACUUAACGUCUAAUAAAACGGACACCAAAUAGCGUCUACUGGACGCAACUGUCUAGCUUCGGGCAUUUAAGUGUCCGCCACGAUGUGGACACUAAGCAGACGCUAAUUACACUAUAGCGUCCGUUUUUUG